AUGGCGGAAGUGGACGAGAACUACUGGCCGACGAAGGACAUCGUCUACACGGCCAUUGUGGGCUUGGUGAUGUUGGCGGCCAUUCUUGAAUGGUUCCUAUGGGUCGCCGCGUUUCUAUAUUGCCUCUGGAAGGUCUUCAUCAAGGCUGAACAUUGGUCCAUUCGAGUUCUGGCGGUGGUUGUUGGCGUUAUAUUCACAUGCUUCAGAGCCAUUUUCCUUCCGAUUAUGAUCGUCACACUGCCGCUGCCCAGUGCCGUCGUCAAGUACUGGCCAGAGAACAUGGUUGACGUCCUGCAGUGGUUCGCCUUUUGGAGUUUUGCUGGUCUGCUGACCAUUCCCUGGCUGUUCUGUGUCUACCAGCUGGUUACCAACCAGCUUGGCAGAAAGAAGAGAAUCAAGCAGGUACUCGACGAGGUUUCGGCUCCCAAGGUCGUCAUUGUCAUGCCGGUCUACAAGGAAGACCCUGACGUACUCGUCGUUGCCAUCAAUUCGGUCGUAGACUGCGACUACCCGCCGUCGUGCAUUCACGUCUUCCUGUCCUUUGACGGUGACCAGGAGGACGAACUCUACUUGAACACCCUAGACAAAUUGGGGGUUCCAUUGACUCUCGAAACGUACCCUAAGAGUAUCGACGUUACUUACAAGUCCGCCCGUAUCACUGUCUCCCGUUUCCCGCAUGGUGGAAAGCGCCAUUGCCAGAAGGCUACCUUCAAACUCAUCGACAAGGUGUACGAGCAUUACCUCAAGAGAAACGACAACCUCUUCAUCCUUUUCAUCGACUCCGAUUGUAUCCUCGACCCUACCUGCUUGCAGAACUUUGUCUACGAUAUGGAGUUGAGUCCCGGCAACAACAGGGACAUGCUGGCCAUGACUGGUGUCAUUACAUCUACGACCAAGAAGCACAGCUUGAUCACAUUGCUCCAAGAUAUGGAAUAUAUUCACGGUCAACUCUUCGAGCGUACCGUCGAGUCGGGAUGCGGUGCUGUUACCUGCCUUCCUGGUGCUCUGACAAUGCUUCGAUUCUCCGCGUUUCGCCGCAUGGCCAAAUACUACUUCGCCGACAAAGCUGAGCAAUGCGAGGAUCUCUUCGAUUUUGCCAAGUGCCAUCUUGGAGAGGACCGUUGGCUUACCCAUUUGUUCAUGAUCGGAGCCAAGAAGCGUUACCAGAUCCAGAUGUGCACGUCAGCUUUCUGCAAGACCGAGGCCGUACAGACUAUGAAAUCACUCAUCAAGCAGCGCCGACGUUGGUUCCUGGGUUUCCUCUCCAACGAAGUGUGCAUGCUUACUGAUUGGCGUCUUUGGAAGCGUUACCCCAUCUUGGUCCUUGUCCGGUUUAUGCAAAACACCAUUCGUACAACGGCCCUGCUGUUCUUCAUCAUGGUGCUCGCCAUCAUCACCACAUCCAAAAAAGUCGAGAACUUGCCAGUCGGUUUCAUCGCCAUCUCACUUGGGCUCAACUGGCUCAUGAUGCUGUAUUUCGGUGCCAAGCUCAGGCGAUUCAAGAUCUGGCUCUAUCCUGUCAUGUUCAUCUUGAACCCGUUCUUCAACUGGUUUUACAUGGUGUAUGGUAUCUUCACUGCCGGACAAAGAACUUGGGGAGGACCCAGAGCCGACGCCGCUACUGCUGAUACCUCCACUACUGCCCAGCAAGCCAUCGAGCAAGCCGAGGAGGCCGGAGACGAUCUCAACGUCGUGCCCGAAACCUUUAUUCCUGCCGCCGAAGCUAGGAAGGAGAGCAUUGCCGGCGGCAAGGGCCACAUCAUCAUGGGUCAUCCGGGUCGCAAGCACAGUGUGGUCCAGCCGCCGCCCAACAUCGAGGGACGUUUUGCCGCCAGAAAGAAGAGUGAGAAUGGUUUCUACGUCAACCCUGAUGACUCCCAAGUUACUGUCAACCGGUCUGGUCCUAGCGGAUUUGGACCUGCGUGGGCCUUGCAGUCACGCGAUUCGUUCGAUAGUAUGGUAUCGGCGCAGACUGCUGGUAACUCUGUCUACAUGCCUCGCCGCGUGGAAAGUAUCAUGGGAGAUGAGGAUAGGAAGAAGUACGAGCUCGCCCAACAGAGCCAGUUCAACCAGUUUCUGUCCAACUCGAAGCGCUUUGGGGCACAGACGACGUCGACCGGCCAAGUGUACGAGUACUCAGACGCUGAGAUGAAGCAAGCGGGAUUUCAAGACGCACCCGAUCCAAUGGAAGGCGGUCAGGAGUACACGGACAACGUGAGGAUGGGCAACGUUGACAACCGCCUCUCUCGACCCAAGUCCGGAGAAGGCUUGUCAUCGAGACAAGGAACAACGACGACGACCACCACCACCGCCACCUCCACGCACUCAAUGUCUACAACUCAUUCAGCACGUGGUGGCCGUAGUCCACUUGCACGAGCCAGCCUUGUCCGUACCAUCCAGCUUGAAGAUGUCCCAUCCGAAGGUGAGAGCUCGAACAGCGGCAAGAACAGCCGCGACCAUUCGCCCAGGGGCAAACCAUAG